GUCAACUGCAUACCAUAACUUCUGAUGGUGGAGAACAACAAAUGGGCCACGGUCGGGUUUCGAUUUGCGGUGCACUGGGCCUGAACAUCGCCUCGACCAACCUUCCCAUUUGAGAGCUGGUUUCCAUGGCAAGAGUAUUUAGAUUGCUACCAUGGGCGCUUGCCGGUGGCGGGCGCGGGCCGCUUGGCCUCCUACACGCUCUCUGCGCGCCUUGCGGCUACGCACGCGGCGAACCCCACCUUCCACGCACCCAUGGGACGGACAGAGGCGCUGGGAGGGCCGGGCCACGCCACUCCCUCCAUAGCUUAUGCUCCAUGAGCACGGCAAGCAGUAGCGCCAGCAGCAGCUCCCACACACCUGGCGGCGACACUAGCACCAGGCCUGGAGCCAGUAAUGCCGAGGCCGCUGACGUCUUAGCGCGAUGCACCGCACCGCAUACGGAUGCUGCGACCUACCAACGCCUUGUGGUCAGCUCGUUUGACGCGUUAACAGCUACUCCAGAUGCGAACGCGGAUCCAAUAGCGGAUACUCUGGCGCGCCGCAUGCUUUCACACGCGCAGCUCCGGCGUGGCCAGCGUGUGCUGGACCUCGCCACAGGCACAGGCCUGUUUGCUGUAGCGGCGGGCCGCGUGGUAGGCUCGGCGCCAGGCAGCGUCCUUUCCCUGGACAUUUCGCCAGGCAUGGUCGACCUGGCAAGGCGCAACGUCAAGACAUCCGGGCUGCGCAACAUUGAGGUCCGCCAGGCCGACGUGGAAUCCACGGACCUGCCGCCCGCCGCGUACGACCUCAUCACCGCCUCCGCCGCACUGCCGUACAUGUACUGCCCGGGCGCGGCACUGGCGCGGUGGCGGCGCUGGCUGCGCCCCAACGGCCGCCUGGUCAUGAACACCUUCAAGAGCCCGUACGAUCCCGAAUGCGGUCUGCUGUACGAACUGGCGGCGGCGCACGGGCUGGGAGCCGUGCUGGUUGACCCUCUGGCGGCGGCUGGCGGCGACGCAGAGGGAGUGCGGAGGCUGCUGGAGGCGGCGGGGUACAAGCGUGUGCAGGUGACGGAGGAGAGUAUGGAGGUGCUGGCGCCGGCGGCCAGCGCUCGGGAGUAUGCGGAGGCGAUGUGGGCCUCGUCCGUGUCCUCGCCACACCACUGCCUGGAGCAGCUCCUGGUGCAGCAGCAACAGCAGCCCGAUGACAGCUCGACAGGCAGUCCAGCCACCAACUCGGCAGCUACAUCCACCUUGGCGGCAUCGGCGUCCAGCGCAGGGGCCGCAGGGCAAGGCACGGGGCCAGCUGCGGCGGGGCCUCGGGACAGAGGCGCCGCGAUGGGCAGCGGUCGGGGCGCUGGGGCACCAGGGGUGUCUGCCGCAGCUAUGGCAGCGGCUGCAGCAGCCAGCGCGAAGGCACCGGCGUCUGUUGGCGUCGGCGGCUUGAGAGCGGGCAAGGCAGCAGGCGGCAGCCGCAGUCAGCCCAAGCCGCUGGGCGGCAGUGGACCAGCCUUAGGGCCCAAGCUGCAACCAGGGGGGAGACAGGGCACACAACAAGCCGCUGAGUCAGCGGCGCGUGUGGCAGCAGCACCAGCGGCAUCUGUGCCGGCGUCGGCACCAGCCGCGAUAGACCCCGCGGCGGUGCAGCGGCUGAGAGACGAGUUCUUGACGGCUGCUGAGCGGAGUGCUAAGAAGCGAUUGCGCAGUGGCGCGGUGCGGACCACCGUUCAUGUGCUGUGGGCGGUGGCGUAUGCGUCGUAGUGCCGCUCGGCGUUGGCUUCAGCAGGCGUGACGAUGGGUGGAGGAGCAUGACAAGGAGGUUGACAGGAGUGGUGGGGUGUGGCGGCAAGCAAAAGGUGCCAGAUAGGAGUUGGGCGUCAGUGCAGGGUCCGUGCCCGGAGACUGCCCGAGAGCGAGCUCACUCACACAGGGACAGGGUGCGUCUGGGCCUGAGUGUGAUAAGACGUGGCAAUGUGACAAUGUCAUGUGACAUCCGUAAAGUACUGUAGGAUAAAUUGUCCGCA